UCAGUCCAUGGAGUCGAAAAGAGUCAGACACGACUGAGCAACUGAACUGAACUGAACUGAGAGGGAUUUUAUGAUGCUAAAAUAAGGUAAUACUUGUACAGUGUGAAAAGCAGGGCCUGAUACAUAUUUGAUACUAUAUAUUUUAAAUAAAUGAAAGAAGUCAGAACAUAGAGCAGAAUUGAGUCAGCAGAGUUUGAAUGUGCAUCUAGUAGCUUCACUUCCAAAGUAAAAAUUCGUGUAUCCCGACUGGUGCAAUUGAUUAGUGCGUGAUACUUAAAUUUAAGUACAGAUUCAUGAAUUUGCUUGACCUUUGGUUUGUGAGCUUUGUAAUAGUUGUGUCAUAUAGAAGGAUUUGAAUUCUCAGUAGAUGCAGUGAUUCACUUUUCUCCUUUGUAUCUGCCAUUUGGAGUUGACCUUUAAGAUUGUUUUUACUAUUAAAUGAACCAGGGAAUCAUUAUCUAUGACACUUUCAAAUAAAAUUUUUUUAGGAUAAAUUUAAUUUUGUUCUUAAGAACUUCUCUGAGCCAUAUUUUGUCUGGUCUUAGAGGGCCUUCAUUUGAAAAAGCAUCAGAUGAGUAGGGAGGAACCCUUCUACUCAGGCCAGAGGACAGAAUUUCACUUACUUUUGCUUAUAACUUGAUUUCAAAUUUAUAAUAGUUUACCAAAUAGAGUAAUUUUUUUAAUAGACUGUAUUUUUUAGAGAAAUUUUAGAUUUACAGAAAAGUUGAGCAGAAAAUGGAGCUCCCACUUACCCUGCCCCCCCAAGCAUGCACAGCUGCCUCCACCCUCAGCAUCCCACACAUUUGUUACAAUCAAGGGCAAUUCUAAAAACAGAUGCUGCCCUUCAGAAUUGUGUUGAUAGUCAAAAGUGCUGUACUUUUUUCAGAAUCUUUUGGGAACUCCCAUUAGUGCUAUCUUUAGAGUCAAUUUUUAUAUCACAGAAGAAAUUAACAGCAUUUCUUUGUUCCAGCCUGUUUAUGUUUUUGGCCAGAAAAUAAUAUGGCUUAACCACAUUCAUCAGAGUUGGCUUUGAAUGACCUUUUAGCUAUUUAUACAGAUUUGAUUUUUCUUUAAAGUUCAAGUUUUACACCACUUGAGUUGUUCCAAAAGAUGCUUGGUGGACAUUUUCUGUAUUUCAUUUCAUUAUUUGUGUACUGGUUACUGGUGCUGGCUCCCUCAGGAGGUAGACUAACUAGGUUUAGUUUAACCUCUGUCCUCUACACCUGCAGCUUUCUACUUAGCAAAGAGAGCUGGUCAGGCAUACACUCAGAAUCUACAGGCUCGUGUUACCCAGUACUCUUUAUUAUUUAGUUUGACAAAUAAAUACUUGUGUAUUAUUGAUACCUAGUAUGUGCCAGUGUUGUGUAAAUAUAAAUUCAUCUGACUAUCGUAAUGACUGCAGGAGCUAGGUAACUCUUUUUACAGAAGAGUUAUUUGAGGCACAGAAAGAUUGGGUAAUGUCUGGGUUCCAGGAGGCAUUCACAAAUGACGAAUGGAGGGGAGUUCCCCAAGGAAGCUGCUUUGAAGGACACAACACAUAUUUGAAUGUUUAAGUUCAAAUCUAUUUGACUGGAAAACAGAUCCUGUUACUGUGAAUUUCCAUCUUUUUUACUUAACUUUUCACCUUGUUUGGGAGCUGUGGUCUUUUCCAUAUCAGACCUGAGGACUGAAGGCAUUAUCAGACUUAAUUUUGAAUGAAAAUACAUAGAUUAUUUUGAUGUAUCGUGAGCACUUUCGUUGCAGAAAGAGUGGACUCCAGAGAUUGUUAUUUCAGGACACUUUGAUGGUGUCCAAGACCUAUCGUGGGAUCCAGAAGGAGAAUUUAUCAUCACUGUUGGUACUGACCAGACAACUCGACUUUUUGCUCCUUGGAAGAGAAAAGAUCAGUCACAGGUGACUUGGCAUGAAAUUGCAAGGCCUCAGAUACAUGGAUAUGACCUUAAAUGUUUGGCAAUGAUCAAUAGGUUUCAGUUUGUGUCUGGAGCAGAUGAAAAAGUUCUUCGAGUAUUUUCUGCACCUCGGAAUUUUGUGGAAAAUUUUUGUGCCAUUACGGGUCGGUCACUGAAUCGUGUGCUUUGUAAUCAAGACGGUGAUCUUCCAGAAGGAGCUACCGUCCCUGCUUUGGGAUUAUCCAAUAAAGCUGUCUUUCAGGGAGAUAUGGCUUCUCAGCCUUCUGAUGAAGAGGAGCUGUUAAAUAGUGCUGGUUUCGAGUAUCACCAGGUGGCCUUCCAACCCUCCUUACUUACUGAACCUCCCACUGAGGACCAUCUGCUGCAAAAUACUUUGUGGCCUGAAGUUCAAAAACUAUAUGGACAUGGCUAUGAAAUAUUUUGUGUUGCUUGUAGCAAUUCAAAGACUCUGCUUGCCUCAGCUUGUAAGGCAGCCAAGAAAGAGCAUGCCGCAAUCAUUCUCUGGAACACUGCAUCUUGGAAGCAGGUGCAGAAUUUAAUCUUCCACAGUUUGACUGUCACACAGAUGGCUUUCUCUCCUGAUGACAAGUUCUUACUCGCUGUUUCCAGAGAUCGAACCUGGUCACUGUGGAAGAGGCAGGACAUAAUCCCACCCGAGUUAGACCCAGUCUUCAGCCUCUUUGCCUUCACUAACAAAGUCACUGCUGUGCACAGCAGGAUUAUUUGGUCUUGUGAUUGGAGUCCGGAUGGCAAGUAUUUCUUUACUGGAAGUCGGGACAGAAAGGUGGUUGUCUGGGGUGAGUGCGACUCCAGCGACGACGCCAUCGAGCACAGCAUCGGGCCCUGCUCCUCCGUACUGGAUGUGGGUGGAGCUGUGACCGCCGUCAGCAUCUGCCCGCUGCUUAACCUUUCCCAACGAUACGUGGUUGCAGUAGGAUUAGAGUGUGGAAAGAUUUGUUUAUACUCCUGGAAAAAGACCGAUCAAGUUCCAGAAAUAAACGACUGGAUCCGCUGUGUAGAAACAAGUCAAAGCCAAAGUCAUACACUUGCUAUCAAAAGAUUACGCUGGAAGAAUUGUAAUGGAAAGCCUGAACAGAAGGAAGGAGGGGGUGCUGAAUGGCUGCAGUUCGCAAGUUGUGGUGAAGAUCACGCCGUGAAGAUACACAGAGUCGACAGGGGUGCGCUGUAGUGGGCUUAGUGAACGCAGGCGUGUGCCCAUCAGUGUCUGACAGUGUUCAGCGUGUAAAUGGACAGCCUUUCUUUACCUCAUACUUGCAUCGAGUUUCGUUUUUAAGCCUUGUGGCAGUAGUCCUUACAUGAGUCUCAGAUUCUCUGAAAUAAGAUGGAAGCUGCAGACUCUUUUCUCAAAAUGUUUAUAUACGCACACACUCUCAGAACCUCACCCAUGCUUUCAGGGAUUCAGACCUGCAUCUGUGUGUUUCUGAUUGAGAGCCUCUGUCCCUGCUUUCUUCAUGACCAAAUUUGCCUAAUUCUGUUAUUUUUGUUUUCUGUUUUCAUAUGCUGCUGUUUGGGACAUUUUAUUAUUUACUGCCCUCUUCUGAGGGAGGACCUAAAAAGUAAAGAGAUAAAACCCAGAUUUUAACAGUCUUUGUAAAUAAACGGAACACACAAAC